GCAACAGCACCCGCUUUAGAGAAGGUCAGCCGAUGGCAAACAGUGAUGUUUACUUCUCAUAACUACUUCUGUUGUGCGUUAUUUCUUUGACACUGACUGCUAUUCUGCAUUUAAAGUUCAAGGAAAAUCCAUUUCAGCGCAUCUUUUUAUUGACAGAGAUAUUUCUCCAUCAACCAUUAUCUUCAGCUGACGUUCUUCUCUCUAAUCACAAAUGAGCUGCACAAAAACAUUUGGAUUUAGCAGUUACUCUUUACCUGAUCGGGUGAUGCCGGCGGAUCUGGCCAUGUAUGCGCUGAUUAGCAUGCCUGCUAUCAGGUGCUCCCCACCCAGUGGGUCUUCACCAGAGCUUCAACGGGCCAGGCUUUCACCCCCUUCACCUGCAUCUUCACUAUCUUCAUCCAGCUCUGCCAGCUCCCUGUCCUCGUACUCUCCUAGCACUGGAAUGCUACGCAAGAGGAAGCGAGUUGUGUUUGCUGAUGCUAUAGGUCUCCCGCUCACAUCCGUGCGCAUCUUCACUGCUGACCCUUCGGAGUUGGAAACAGAAGACGCCCCGCAGCCCGAGGAGCAGUUAAAGCCUAGAUCGCCCAUUCAGAGCAAGAGACUGCGACUUAAAUUUGGUUUUCCACAACCUCUUGUAGACAGUCUAAGAAUUAAGGAAACAUUGGUGCAGUUGGAGAGCUGUAGCCUGAGUGAAAGGGGGUUGAGCGGGACUGUACGUGUCUGCAACGUUAAAUUAGACAAGACUGUCUUCAUCCGCAUAACUUUUGACUCAUGGCGAAGCCAUAAAGACAUUGCAUGCACUUACGUGAGGGAACCAAAUGCAACUUCAGAGACUGACUUGUUUUCUUUUAAUGUGUCGCUACCGUCCGAUCUGGACCCAAAGGAGCGCCUGGAGUUCCUAGUAGUGUUCCGACCCGGCAAUAGCAAAUUGCAUUUCGUGGACAACAACAAAGGUAAAAACUACCACAUUCUUGUGGAAAAUGCAAUACCGGAACCUCAGCUGGUGACGGCAAGCAGGAGAGCCAUCAUUAUACCAAAUCCUCAGCAUAUUUUUGUUUGGCCUGGGGUUAAAGGUCAUGAAAUGCAUAGAAUGAAACACCUGGCAUGCGAAGGCGCAGCCCACACGGACCGUCUGAUAAACAGGACCUGGGGAAGAACGCCAAAUGUUACUCCGUUGUGCUAAGAUGGGACUGAGACACUGGCGCGGUCCACAUUUCCACUUGAUUAAGUGCGGAUUCAAAGAAGUACAGAAAUGCGCCCCCGUGAGGGGCAUCAUACUUGAAUGGACACAGUGCUUGCUGGUUUGCACAAGCUGCUGAAGCAGUAAAAUGUGAAUUUUUACUAUUAUUGUACAUCUAAAUAUAUUUGAGUUGGAUUUAAUUUGCACAAUAUACAUUGCUUAUACAGUUAAAAUGUUUUAUGGGAAACUGGCUUGCUUUCCCGAUCAUCUGCAUUUGCUGUGCCUGAAAAGGUAAACCGAUAUGUAAAAGUGGUGUAAAUGAACCCUCUGUAUGUAUGUAUGAUAAUGUAUUUAUUUUGAGCUCUUUUAUUAAAAGAACGUGCUUUCCAUGAA